GCGGUAAGGCUGCGGUAGGGGCCGGGCGGCACCAUGGCGGCGGCAGCGCCUGCUGCGGCGGCUUCUCCCGAGGCGCCGGCCGUCACGGGCACGGCUGACCCGGCGACGGGAGACGAGGACAGUCGUGAGGUCCGAGUGCUGCAGAGCCUGCGCGGCAGGAUCUAUGAAGCAAAAAAUUUAUUGCCAUAUCUUGGACCCAACAAAAUGCGAGAUUGUUUCUGCACUAUAAAUUUGGACCAGGAAGAAGUUUAUCGCACUCAGGUUGUUGAAAAGUCUUUAAGGCCGUAUUUCAGUGAAGACUUUUAUUUUGAGAUUCCACGAACUUUCCAGUAUUUGUCUUUUUAUGUUUAUGAUAAAAAUGUUUUACAAAGAGAUCUUCGUAUUGGAAAAGUAGCCAUCAAAAAAGAAGACUUGUGUAAUCAUAGUGGUAAAGAAACUUGGUUUUCACUGCAGCCUAUUGACUCAAAUUCAGAAGUUCAGGGAAAAGUUCACCUUGAAUUAAAACUGAAUGAAUUGAUAACAGAGAAUGGAACUGUGUGCCAGCAGCUUGCUGUACACAUCAAGGCAUGCCAUGGGUUGCCUCUUAUAAAUGGACAAAGCUGUGAUCCUUAUGCAACAGUUUCCCUGAUGGGCCCUUCUAGGAAUGACCAAAAGAAGACUAAAGUAAAGAAGAAAACGAGCAAUCCACAGUUUAAUGAAAUCUUUUAUUUCGAGGUAACCAGAUCCAGUAGUUAUACUAGGAAGUCCCAGUUCCAAGUGGAAGAGGAGGAUAUUGAGAAGUUGGAAAUCAGGAUUGACUUGUGGAAUAAUGAAAACCUAGUCCAAGAUGUUUUCCUGGGAGAGAUUAAGGUUCCUGUGAAUGUGUUAAGAAAUGAUUCUUCUCAUCAAGCCUGGUACUUGCUCCAACCAAGAGACAAUGGAAACAAGUCAUCUAAAACUGAUGACCUAGGAUCUCUUCGAUUAACUCUAUGUUAUACAGAAGACUAUGUGCUUCCAUCAGAGUACUAUGGCCCGUUGAAAACUUUGCUGCUAAAAUCACCAGAAGUUCAGCCAGUAUCCGCCUCAGCUGCUUACAUUUUGGGUGAAAUAUGUCAAGAUCAAAAGGAUGCUGUUUUGCCUCUUGUACGACUGUUGCUGCAUCACAAUAAACUUGUUCCUUUUAUCACUGCGGUAGCUGAACUGGACUUGAAGGAUACUCAAGAUGCAAGCACAAUUUUUAGAGGAAAUUCCCUGGCUACCCGGUGUCUGGAUGAGAUGAUGAAAAUAGUGGGAGGGCACUACUUGAAAGUCACAUUAAAGCCUAUUCUAGAUGAGAUAUGUGACUCCUCAAAACCCUGUGAAAUAGACCCUGUUAAGUUGAAAGAGGGAGACAAUGUAGAAAACAAUAAGGAGAAUCUGCACUACUAUGUGGACAAAGUAUUCAAUACGAUUGUAGGAUCAAGCGUGAGCUGCCCCACUGUGAUGUGUGAUAUCUUUUAUUCUCUGAGGCAAAUGGCGACUAAAAGAUUUCCUAAUCACCCUCACGCUCAGUACUGUGCAGUGAGCAGCUUUGUGUUCCUCCGUUUCUUUGCUGUAGCGAUACUGUCACCUCAUACUUUUCAUUUGCGACCUCAUUAUCCAGAUACACAGACAAUUAGGACAUUAACUCUCAUCUCAAAAACCAUUCAGAGUUUGGGAAACUGGGGAAGUCUAUCCAGAAGAAAGUCACGUUUCAAAAAGUCAGUCAUGUCUGAAUUUCUCAAAAUGUUUCAAGAAGAAAGAUAUUUUACAGAUGUGAAAAAGUUCUUGGAUGAAAUUUCAUCUACGGAAACUAAAGAGUCCAGUGGUACGAGUGAACCUGUGCACCUGAAGGAAGGUGAAAUGUAUAAAAGAGCUCAAGGAAGAACCCGUAUUGGAAAAAAGAAUUUCAAGAAACGGUGGUUCUGCUUGACAAGCAGAGACCUCACGUACCACAAACAGCAAGGCAAAGAUGCUAUUUACACUAUUCCAGUGAAAAACAUUCUUGCGGUGGAAAAACUGGAAGAAAGCUCUUUCAGCAAGAAGAACAUGUUCCAGGUGAUACACACAGAGAAAACACUCUACGUCCAAGCAAAUAACUGUGUGGAAGCUAACGAGUGGAUAGAUGUGCUGUGCAGGGUGAGCAGGUGCAACCACAACAGGCUCAGUUCCUUUCACCCUUCAGCGUAUCUCAAUGGGAACUGGCUCUGCUGCCAGGAGACAAGCAAAAACACACCAGGCUGCAAGCCGUGCACUGCAGGUAUCCCAGCAGACAUCCAGAUAGAUAUUGAUGAAGACAGAGAAACAGAAAGAAUUUAUUCCCUUUUUACCCUCAGUUUACUUAAGCUGCAGAAAAUGGAAGAGGCAUGUGGGUCUAUAGCGGUGUACCAAGGGCCGCAGAAGGAACCUAUGGAUUCUAGCUUUACCAUUGAGGAUUCCGUAACGACCUUUAAGACAAUCCAGCAAAUAAAGAGCACCAUAGAGAAGCUAGAUGAGCCUCACGAGAAAUACAGAAAGAAAAGGUCGAGUAGUGCGAAGUACGGAAGCAAGGAAAAUCCAAUUGUUGGGAAAAUAUCAUAGUUUGACCAACUGAUGGAGAACUGGAAAAUAUAUUUUUCGUGGAGUUUUUCAAUUCACCCUGUUUUGUUCUUAUAGCAUGUACGAGUGGACAUUGGCUCUGAUGACACCUGCUUUCACAUUGUA